AAAUACCUCACCUCAUUUCACCCAACCUGAUUGAUACGAAGUUAUGGCUUCUUCUUCUCCUUCUGUGGUGCUUUUGUUUCUUAUUUCACAUCGUUUGGCCUUUACCUAUGGCGAAUUCUUCGACCCUUUGACAUCGGGUCCAAGCACAGAGGAUUGUGAUCAAUCUCAUUUACUUCCACUUGCCCCUUGUGCACCAUUCGUGCAGGGAUUUGAUUCUUCCCCUCUUCAGAUUUGCUGUGAUAACCUCCAUGAUCUCUACCUUGAACAGCCCAAUUGCCUGUGUCUCUUGCUCAAUGACACUGCCUUGAGUGCCUUCCCCAUCAACAAGACACUUGCACUGGAACUGCCACCUCUCUGCAACCUUCAACUCAACUACUCCAUCUGCCCAGGGUUUGUUGAGCCUCCAAGUCCCAGAUCACCUGAGUCUCAAGUUUCACCAGGGACCCCCUCCAAUUCUUCAACUGCAGCUUCUCCAGGGGUUGCAUUGCCACCGAAAACUAACAUGGGCCUUCCGUAUUCCCGGAGUAGUGGAGAAAAAUUGGAAAUCAAGGAGAGCUCAGUGAUGCUCCUUGCCAAUACUCUUCUGCUAAUAGCAGUCUCCAAUCUGUUCUACUCAUGAUUGAAGUCCGUAUCUUAAUAGUUAUAUAUGAGUGCUUUUCAGUUUGGGUAUGUUGCUAAAGAUAAACUCGUUGUCUAGGUUUGAACUUGGUUCUCAAGUGUCUAUUGCUCCAGAGACUUAAAUUACUUCAAAUACUCAACAAAAUCUUCUUACAAUUUACUUA